ACAGUUGCUAGGAAACGAGUUUUGUCCAUGUUGCCGAGGCGAAUGGAAGAUUAAAGUUGCUAGCAGGAAUGCUAUUUAAUUUAUUAACAGACCCUUAACAUAUUUCUCACGAGGUUUCGAAUGUACGCCGUGUGAUGGUGAAGUUGAGGGCAAGAUGUCUGCUUCUCGGCGAUGCAGCAGUGGGGAAAAGUUCCCUUUCUCACAUCUUCUACAAUGACGGAUCUCUGUUCCAGAAGAACUAUAGCUUGACAACGGGAGUGGAGCUAGUGAUGAAAUGUAUCAACAUACCAGAGACCAACGACUCUGUGGAGCUCUAUAUCUUAGACUCGGCGGGGAAGGAGACGCUAGUGGAGGGCUGCGAGAAAAUGGUCAGAAGCUGCUCUGGGUUCCUCUGUUUCCAUUUGCAUGAAACUAACAAGUGGGGGGAGCCAUCUUUGCUGUGUCUGGUGUUCGAUUUGACCAAUGAGCAGUCUUUUGCUAACUGCACAUGUUGGAUGGAAAGAGUCCAGGCCCACUGCAAAGGCCUCCGUGUGCCAGGUGUUCUCGUGGGCAACAAGUCGGAUCUGUCAGCUAGAAGGGAAGUGCAGGCGUCCGUGGCCGAGGAGUGGGCCCAAAGCAAGGGGCUGGAGUACCACGAGACAUCAGCUAAAGAGAUGGUCCGCUGCGACGCCCCCCUCCUCAGCUUAGCGCAGUCCUUCUAUUCUCUCUACCAGGAGCAGCGUGAGAUCAUGCAGAACCUCGGGCCGGGCUAGACUCCUCGUCCUUCACCACAGAGCUUACAGCAGUUCGAGACGAACCACUGCGAACGAAUCGCUGUGGAAAAUAGAAUUUUCUGACAAGGAUACUGAAAGGCUUUCUGAUUGUUUUGGUUUUAAAUAAAGGACUAAAUGAGGAGCAA